GUCAGCGGCAUGUCUGCAAGACAGACGAUGCAAGCUUGGGAUUGGAGGCCUCCGGCGAUGGCCCCGUCGGGCCUCUGCUGCAGAGGAGCCAUGUGGCGGCAAAGAGCCAGCGACGGACGGUUCCCUGUGCGACAGCCAGCUCCAUGUGUGCUUCCAUCGCGUCGCUGGCAUCGAAAAAUCCAGGGCUCUGGAAGUCCAGCCGGACGCUGGCCAGAUGUGGUGGUGAAGACUUCGUGGCGGCCCUCAUUUUCACAGCGGCGGGGCUGCCGACCUGGAGCCGCGAUCCCAAGCGCACGUUGCUCGCUGCUUUGUGUGGGAAUGUGGCCCAUGAGGCCGCUAAAGCGCUGCAGAACUUCUGGCGCCAAAGCCGCCGGUGCACUGUUUCUGUCUACCAGCCGCGACCCCCCAAAGAGCCGGCAAACG